ACGUUUUCAAUCGCCCCGUCCCCUUGCUGCCCCUCCUCUCUUACUCCUACUUUCCAUUUUUCUCUGCCAGUGAGUUAGUGUACUCUUUCUCACAGAGCUCGCGGAAAUGAGCGACCAAAACGGAGAGGAAGAUUUAUGGGCGAAGGUCACAAAAGCAGUCGAUGAUCUCUACAAUCUCAGAGACACGUACUUCCCCGCAAACCCAGAUGAAAAGGUCUUCGUCUUGCAGAAAGAAUCCGAUCUUGCUCUCAAUCUGCUCGAUUCCAUUCCUUUUGAACAAAGGAAAUUACCUAUGCAACGUGCAACGUAUGAAUAUCUUAGAGGAAAGAUACUCGAUGUGAUACCUGAUUAUAGGAAAGAAGCUGAAGAUCAUCUCUCAAAAGCUGUCAAGCUAAAUCCAUCUCUUGCAGAUGCUUGGCUAUGCCUAGGUAACUCCAUCUGGAAGAAGGGGGAUUUACUUUCAGCAAAGAACUGCCUCAAUCUUGCAUUAAGCAAGGGUCCGAACAAGAAGAUACUCUGUCAAUUAUCAAUGCUUGAAAGAAGAAUGUCACAAGGAGCUGAGAAUCAGUCUGAACUAAUUGAGGAAAGCAUUCAACAUGCCAAGGAAGCUAUCACUCUGGAUGUCAAGGAUGGGCACUCAUGGUACAACCUUGGAAAUGCAUGCCUCACUAGUUUCUUUGUGAUGGGAGCUUGGGAUCAUAGUAAACUUCUGCAGUCUUUAAAAGCUUAUCAGAAUGCUGAGAAAGAUGAAAGAAUGAGGUCAAAUCCAGAUCUAUAUUUCAACUGUGCUACUGUAAGUCCUGUAAACAAGUAUCUGGAGAACUAUGAGAGGGCUCUUAGUGGCUUUGAAGCUGCUGCUUCAAAAGAUCCUAGUUUGAAUGCUAAUGAGGAGGUUAAGAAGAUUCUUAGUCUUCUUGAUAAGCUAGAUAUUCUGUUGAAGGCAAAUGCUAAAGCUAAAAGACUUGCUUCACUUGCAUCAUCACUGACUGCUGUUAAUUGGACUUCUUCAUAUAAAAUGGCCAGUGUUGACCUGCUGUCAGAGGGUCUGAACAAAGCUACAGCAAUAUUAGGAAAAGUGCUUUCCUUUGUCAAGCAUGACAGUGGCACUCCUUUGUAUUAUUUACUGUGUGAUUCAGACCAAAUAUGCUUUAUUCUGUCUGUGUAUGGCAUCCGCAAUGAUGCGAUUAGAGAGGGAGAUCAGUUGACAUUGUUGGAACCCAAUUACCGAUAUGUCAAUUUUUCUUGGAAUGGGAAGUGUUACCAAUUCAAGUCAGUUCGAGUGGAUUUUUUAGAGCAAGUGCUUGUGAAUGGAAAAGGGUUGCCUGCAAAUCAAGCGGUUUGUACAUCAAUCCAUGCACAGCAUAAGCCAUGAAAAACGCAUACCGUUUUUCAGAGUUUUGCAUGUGUAAUAGGAUUUUCAGUUCAGCAAAAACUUCCAAUUGAUGAUUCGUGUUGUAUGGUGCGUGUGUGUGUGUGUAUAGAGAUUAAAGGGCUGAAAAGUGAAGGGGGGAAAAUUCCGUUUCGUCUGCUUUUCAAUUUUCCAUGUCGUAUUGUAGAUAUAAAUUCUGGUUCAUAUCAAUUUUCACCCUCCGAAAACAGGUGUAUAUACAAUCGAUGUUUAGUCGCGUUUGAUUACUUUCUAUAAUAUUCUUGUUUCUCCGCGA